GUGUUCUGGGAGUCUGCUUGGGGACCUGACAGAAUACAGGGAGAAACUAUCCCACUAGCUGAUAUACUGUAGCUGCUCCACACACACUGCUAGACACAGACAGAGAGAGAAGGAGAGAGGUGGAGGCAGAGACAGAGGAAGAGACAGCUGUGGAGUGAGAUAGAGAGAACUGCAGGAAGAGAGCAAGAGAGAGAUUUAGAAUUUGACAGACAGAGAAUUAGACAGAGGGAAAGGAGGCACACACAGCACUCACCCUCCACUGACCCCUCGUCUUACCCUCGACUCACCCUUAUCUCCCCACUUACAACAACCUGAGGCAGAGACACACAGCUCUACCAGCGCAGAGAUGAGAUGACUGGACACACACUAACGCACACAUUUUCUCUCUGUUGAAAGAAUACACACAUUUCUUUUUGUUUUCUGUCUCAGCUCCUGCUCUCGUUCUUGGCCAGGAAAAAAAGGAUUACAGUUUAUUUCUUCAGCACAGUCUUUAUUCUCCAAAAGCCCCGAGUCACGUUGGACAAUUUGGAUACGUUCCUCUUUUCUUUCUCCCUCCAAGAGCACAGAGCAACAUGGCACAGGGACAAAAGAACCACAGUAACAGCAGGCAACAGCGGGCACAACUACUCACUAACCCCUUCUCCACCAUGGCACUGUCCCUCUCCAUGUCCUUCUUCCUCCUCCUCCUCUUCCUCACCUCCCCUGCCUCGACCGCCGACGAAUACGACUACUACAGCUGGCAAUCAGACAACUUCCACAACGGUCGUUUCUACACAAAGCAGCCGCAGUGUGUGGACAUCCCCGCCGAUUUACGCCUCUGUCACAACGUGGGCUACAAGAAGAUGCGCCUCCCCAACCUGCUGGACCACGAGACCAUGCCGGAGGUCAAACAGCAGGCGGGUAGCUGGGUGCCGCUCCUCGCCAAGCGGUGCCACGCAGAUACACAGGUGUUCCUGUGUUCCCUUUUCGCCCCGGUGUGUCUGGACAGGCCCAUCUACCCGUGUCGCUCGCUGUGUGAGGCCGUGAGGGAUAGCUGUGCCCCAGUUAUGGAAACCUACGGGUUCCCUUGGCCAGAGAUGUUGACCUGUGAUAAGUUUCCUAUUGAUAAUGAUCUGUGUAUCCCCAUGCAGUUUGCUGGGAACCAGGCCACCCCGGCUCCAGCAUCUAAAGCCUGCCCUCCAUGUGACAACGAACUGAAAGCUGACACCAUUAUGGAACAUUACUGUGCCAGUGACUUUGCUAUCAAGAUGAAGAUCAAAGAAGUGAAGAAAGAGAAGGGCGACCGUAAACUCAUCGCUGCCCAGAAGAAGAAGAAGGUGCUCAAGAUGGGUGUCCUGCGUAAGAAGGACUUGAAGAAGCUGACACUGUACAUAAAGAACGGAGCCAACUGCCCCUGUGCUCAGCUCGACAGUCUUGGCAGUAACUUCCUCAUCAUGGGUCGUAAGGUGGACCAGCAGCUGCUGCUCAUGUCCAUCCACAAAUGGGAGAAGAAAAGCAAGGAGUUGAAGUUCGCCAUCAAGUAUAUGAAGAGUCAUCAGUGUCCCACCUAUCAUACUGUCUUCCAGUGACCUUAGUGACACAACAAUCACAACCCUACUCCCAGUCUUCCCCAGUUGUCCCCCCCCUCUCCCGUCUAUCCUUCCAUUGUCCUACCUAUCAUACUGUUUUGCUGUGACACUGUGGAGAUGUAUCCUUCAUAUCCAGUGGUUUUGUGAUGCCUGUAGAAGUGGGUAUACUCUAAUUCUGCCAAAAAUAUUCCCAAAUGGCCCGUCAAAGGAAAGGCAAAAAAUAUAUAUAUUUUCCUAUAGUUUUUCUGUAUUUUCCUAUAGAUUUUUCAGGUUUUCACUCUCAGAAUCACACUUUUUUUAUAUAUAGAAAAGCAAAUGUAUGUUCUAAGUCCACGAUAAUGCUUAACCACAUCAGGGGACCAUUUUUGAGGCCUGGGAAAAUCGUAAUAAAAUAUUUUUGGCAGGUAGUAGUUGCCCAUUAAUUCAGUUGUGCACCUAGCAAGAUACCCUUUAUGCACUACAAAUGCAAAAUACAGUAACUACAUAUUUUUUGACUGUAUGAUCCGUCUUCAAAGUAUUUUUCUGUCUAGACAGACAGCAUUCUCUGAUACUCAAUGAUAUCUUCUGAUCAACUGGUUUGUUCUUGUGUGAGGAAACUUAAUUCCACAUUAAUCAGAUAAUAUACUUAGCCAUUAGAAUGGAUCAAAGACUUUUGAACAAAUUCGUAGUUACUGCAUUUUGCCUUUGUAGGGUGGAAUUUGGCUUGUGGUGUUUCUGUGCUGUACAAUGUCCUACAUGUGAUGGCAGAGUUUGUAAAACAAAUGCCCUCCCAAUUGAUACAAAUCAUCAUGGUAUCAUUCUACCAGGUAGGCCUACUUUGUAAUCAACAUUUAAUUGGAAAGGAUUUUUGCCAGACAUUUUCAUUCAAACAGCGCAUGAUGACUGAAUUGCACACCAAUUUCGGACCCCACUUUUUCAAUAUCUGGUUUGCAUACACAUUGUUGCCUUAGUUAGCAUUUACUGGUAGAUAUCAAAAGUUGAAACGUCUUUCCUACCUACCCUACUAACCGAUGUCGUUCUUCUGUGAGCUGCUCCAUGAAACAACCAGUUGUUAGCUGCGCACUCUUGCUGUCUGCUCUGAAACUAGGCUAUGUGUGCAGCUCACGUGUGAAUAUACACCAUAUUUACAAAAGUAUUUAGACAUCCCUUCAAAUGAGUGGAUUUGGGUAUUUCAGCCACACCCAUUGCUGACUGGUGUAUAAAAUCGAGCACACAUCCACGCAAUCUCCAUAGACAAACAGUGGCAGUUGAAAAGCCUUACUGAAGAGCUCAGUGGCUUUCAACGUGGCACGGUCAUCGGAUGCUACCUUUCCAACAAGUCAAAUGUCUGCCCUGCUCGAGCUAACCUGGUCAUCUGUAAGUGCUGUUAUUGUGAAGUGGAAACAUCUAGGAGUAACAAUGGCUCAGCCACGAAGUGGUCGACCACACAAGCUCACAUAAUGGGACUGCUGAGUGCUGAAGCGCGUAGCACGUUAAAAAAAAUGUCUCUCCUCUGUUGCAACACUCACUACCGAGUUCCAAACUGCCUCUGGAAGCAACAUCAGCACAAUAAUUGUUCUUCGUCUAGGCCCCUUAGUUCCAGUGAAGGGAAAUUUUAACACUACAACAUACAAUGACAAUCUAGACAUCUCUGUGCUUCCAAAUUUGUGGCAACAGUUUGUGGAAGGUCCUUUUCUGUUUCAAAAUGACUAUGCCCCCACACACAAAGCGAGGUCCAUACGCAAAUGUCAAGAUCAGUGUGGAAGAACUUGACUGGCCUGCACAGAGCCCUGACCUCAACCCCAUCAAACACCUUUGGGAUGAAUUGGAAUGGCUGUGAGCCAGGCCUAAUCAUCCAACAUCAGUGCCCAACCUCACUAAUGCUCUUGUGGCUUAAUGGAAGGAAGUCCCAGCAGCAAUGUUCCAACAUCUAGUGGAAAGGCUUCCCAGAAGAGUGGAGGCUGUUAUAGCAGCAAAGGGGGAUCAACUCAUGAUUUUGGAAUGAGAUGUUCAACGAGCAGGUGUCCACAUACUUUUGGUCAUGUAAUGUAUUUCACAUGCCUUGCGUUUGUGUAGGAUACUUUGUGCAUGAUUUCUUUAUUGUACUACAUAAUUGAUCCGAUGUAUACCGCCAUUACACUAGAAGUACACUCAUUAAAAAGUGAUGGUAGAGGCCUCCCGGGUGGCGCAAUCGUCUAAGGCUGCAUCACAGUGCUAGCUGUGCCACCAGACAUUCUGGGUUUGAGCCCAGGCUCUGUCACAGCCGGCCGCGACCAGGAGGUCCAUGGGGCGAUGCACAAUUGGCCCAGCGUCGUCCGGAUUAGGAUUGUGUUUCGGAGGAUGCAUGGCUCUUGACCUUUGCCUCUCCCGAGUCCGUACAGGAGUUGCAACAAUGAGACAGGACUGUAACUACUACCAAUUGGGGAGAAAAAGGGGUAAAAAAAGGAGUGAGGGUAUGCAGUGCCCACGGGGGAUUAAGAAGUGAGUGUACUUCCACUGACAUUUUUUCGGGUAUACGGCGUAUACCUGGGGAUACCCUCCACUAAGCCACUGUUCAUAUCUCACAAAUAGCUCUAUUAGUAUCGGAUUAGUAUUCCCAUCUAGUCUGGUCCCAGAUCUCUUUGUGCUCUUGCGAACUCCAUUUCUGUCCUUGUCAAGCCAAAAUGACAAUGAGUUGGGCAUGAUACCACAAACAGACUGGCACUCGGGCUACUUCUCACCUGGCUAUCUAUCCCUCAUUCUCACCCAAGUCUCCCCAGUCUCUUUCCCAAGUCUCGCCCAGUCUCACACCAGUCUCCCACAUAUCCCACCAUGCUCUAGAAAACACCCUCCAUGCCCCUCGGCUCCAGACCCCUCCAGAUCCUCUAGACCCCUCCAGACCCUCUAGACCCCUCCAGACCCUCCAGACCCUCUAGACCCCUCCAGACCCUCUCCAGACCCCUCCAGACCCUCUAGACCCCUCCAGACCCUCCUGACCACUAGUCCAAACAUUGAACCUUUUUGUGGCCCAAUCUCCUUUCUGCUACCCACCCACCCCCUGUAGACUAUUCUGAUAACUCACUCCCUAGCCCCUA